CCACAGUUCUGUUAAUUUGUACUGAUUCUUCGCAUAACAAGGUUGCUAUCGGAGUUGACGCUGCCAGACUCUUGGUAGUAACAACGUCCGCUUAUUGGCCCAUGCGGCGGAAGUUCCAGUCGUGUCAUCGGUCAACUUUUCCAAGGGUUGCUUGUAGCUUAUUACCCCUCUGGUCUGUUCUCUUGGGAACGCGACCCAAGUCCAUGCUCCAGCCCUUUAAUACAACUCGUUGACAUGGCCAACUUAUACUACUGAUGCCUCACGGCCCGGAUGUGCACUCAAUUCUUGAGCCAAGCUACUUACUACCCGCGACAACGACAACAACAACAUGAAACCAUUACCCUUCCCGUACCCUCUCAACAUCGGUACUGACAUAGUCCACCUUCCGCGUAUCCUUCGUUUGAUCACGUCUGCCACUAAAGAAGGCUCCUCAAAGCUCGAUCGUUUCACCCGUCGAAUUCUUUGCGAACAAGAACAACGAGAUUUCCGGUCCAGAUUUCACCUGUCUACUAGAGCCGGACCUUGUCUCAGUACAGUAACUCCUACACCGGAUAUGGCCCGUUGGCUGGCAGGUAGAUUCGCAGCAAAGGAAGCGGCACGCAAGGCUUCAACUAGAGGGGCAGGUGCGAUUGGAUGGAAGGAUGUUCUAGUCAGUGUUGAAGACACAGGGACGCUGGGAUCCGGGAGACCGCAGGUCAUUUACUUGGAUGCUAAGACAGAGGGGAAUGCACGGAUUGGGAAACUCUCCAUCUCGCACGAUGGAGAAUAUGUCGUCGCAACGGUUCUUGCUGCUGAGUGAGACAAG